AUGGCAAUCCCUCCGAGAUUAAUAGCAUCAGCACCAUCUUGCACGACAACAUCAACCAACAACAGUAGCAUUAGCAUUGAAGAGGGUCUUGCUAGUAAAUUCUGGAUCAAGUUUAGAAGAGAAUCUGUUUUUGCUAUGUACACCCCUCUUGUCAUCUGUUUGGCUUCUGGCACUCUCAAGAUUGAUUCUUUUAGGCAUUACAUCUCUCAAGAUGCUCACUUUCUCAAAUCUUUUGCUCAGGCGUAUGAAUUGGCAGAAGAGUGUGCUGAUGAUGAUGAAGCAAAGCUAGCAAUCUCCGAGUUGAGGAAGGGUGUCUUAGAGGAGCUAAAGAUGCACAAUUCAUUUAUACAGGAAUGGGGUAUAGACCCAGGUAAAGAGAGGACAAUCAAUUCUGCAACUGUUAAAUACACAGAUUUCUUGUUGGCUACAGCCUCUGGGAAGGUUGAAGGACUGAAAGGUCCUGGUAAACUUGCAACUCCUUUCGAACGAACAAAAGUUGCUGCCUAUACUCUCGGUGCCAUGACACCUUGCAUGCGGCUGUAUUCCUUUCUAGGCAAGGAACUCCAGGCACUUCUAGAUCCGGAGGAUGAUGGGCACCCUUACAAGAAGUGGAUUGACAAUUAUUCAUCUGAGAGUUUUCAGGCAUCAGCUCUGCAAACUGAAGACUUGCUGGAUAAACUUAGUGUCUCCUUGACAGGCGAGGAGCUUGACGUCAUUCAAAAGCUUUAUCACCAAGCCAUGAAACUUGAAAUAGAUUUCUUCCUUGGACAACAACUUGCUCAGCCAACUGUAGCUCCCCUGACAAAAGGGCAUAACCCUGGAGAAGACCGGCUUGUCAUAUUUUCUGAUUUUGAUUUGACAUGCACUGUCGUUGACUCCUCUGCCAUUUUGGCUGAGAUUGCAAUAGUAACAGCACCAAAAUCUGAUGUGGUUCAACCUGAGACUCAAAUUGCUCGGAUGUCAUCAGCUGAUCUGAGGAACACCUGGGAUCUUCUUUCUGGACAGUACACUGAAGAGUACGAGCAAUGUAUUGAAAGCAUUAUGCCAUCUGAAAAAGUAGAGUUCAACUAUGAAGCUCUUUGUAAAGCACUUGAACAACUUUCAGACUUUGAGCGAAGGGCAAAUUUUAGAGUGAUUGAGUCUGGAGUUCUUAAGGGUUUGAAUCUUGAAGACGUAAAACGAGCGGGUGAACGUUUGAUUCUUCAGGAUGGUUGCAUUUGUUUCUUCCGGAAAAUUGCGAAGAAUGAAAAUUUCAACACUAAAGUCCAUGUGCUCUCAUAUUGCUGGUGUGGUGAUCUCAUCAGAUCAGCUUUUUCUUCAGGGGGUUUGGAUGUUCUAAAUAUACAUGCAAAUGAGUUAAUUUUCAACGAAUCAAUCUCCACAGGGGAGAUUGUUAACAAGGUGGAAUCUCCCAUGGACAAAGCUAAAGCUUUCAAUGAUAUUUUAAAGAAUUACAGCAGUGACAGAAAGAACUUGACUCUUUACAUUGGAGAUUCAGUUGGUGACUUGCUUUGUCUACUUCAGGCAGAUAUUGGUAUUGUAGUUGGAUCUAGUGCAAGCUUAAGGAGAGUGGGAAGUCACUUUGGUGUUUCUUUUGUUCCGCUGUUCCCUGGCUUGGUGAGAAAACAGAAAGAAUGUGGCGGAGAAAGCUCUCCUAACUGGAAAGGGCUGUCGGGCAUACUAUAUACGGUCUCUGGCUGGGCUGAAAUACAUGCCUUCAUUUUGGGGUGGUAG